AGCUAUGAUGAUUGAUAGGUGGCAGGCCAUGUCGCGCUAUCUAAGCAGGCCGGCCCUAGCUAAAAGGAGGCCCACAGCACUAGUACAUUCCACCCCUCGGCCAACCAUCACGAACAAAAAUUCCCACACCCCUCCGUACAUACAUGCCCAAAACUCUUCCCUUCGCUUAGAUACAAACUGCUUCACUUUAAGUCCUUUCUGCAGAUCAUCCUGCCCUGUACAUCGAUCGUGUGCCUGUAGCACCGUCUGUGCAAGCUUCGCGAUCCUGGCGACCCCACGUGUUUAGUCCUGGCAAACCCUCAAGAGCUCCUCAAACGGUACCAAGAUGGACGUCACAGCACUUAGGGCCUGCAUCCAGUUGACUCUGGAGGCUGACAUCGAUACGCGAAGGAAAGCAGAGCUUGAUCUUAAACGUGCAGAGGAGCAACCUGGCUUCACCGACGCGCUCUUGAACAUUUUGGAGUCCGAGCAAGUUCACGCUGUGAGACUAGCUACUGUCCUAUAUGCCAAAAAUCGCGUUCAGAAGGGCUGGUCGGAUGAAGAAUUCACGCAAGCAAAGCCGAUACCUGAGGAAGAGAAGGCCGUUUUCAGAAACCGCCUAGUGCCCAUCCUCGCUGCCUCUCCGUCCUCUAUCCGCGCUCAGCUUACGCCUACGCUUCAAAAAAUACUCGCAUCCGACUUUCCCUCGAAAUGGCCGAGCUAUCUAGAGCUGACCAUCAAUCUACUGAACGCCGGCGAUGAAAAUUCGGUCUUUGCAGGUGUUCAAUGUCUCCUCGCCCUCUGCCGAAUAUACCGUUACAAGGGAGGGGAAGCAAGAGCUGAAUUCGACAAGAUUGUUGAAAUGACAUUCCCUCAACUCCUGAAUAUCGGAAACGGUGUCUUGAACCAGACUACGCCCGAGGCCGGCGAUAUGCUCCACACAGUUCUCAAAGUCUACAAGCAGGCAAUAUACUACGAACUCCCAGUUUGCUUACGUGAACAGCAAACCAUGAUCAACUGGUGCACACUUUUCAUCAACGUUGUCGGCAAAGACUUGCAGACGAUGGCGAUGCCAGAAGAUACUGAAGACAGAGAAAAUAAUCACUGGUGGAGAUCUAAAAAAUGGGCGUACGCUAAUUUGAACAGGCUGUAUAUGAGAUACGGCAACCCGCAAAGUCUCGGCAAAAACAACGAAGCCGACUAUGCUGAAGUAGCUAAGAACUUUAGCGCAGUUUUUGCCCCGGAGAUCUUCAAAGUUUAUCUACAGCAGAUCGAGAAAUGGGUUGCUAAAACCAUUUGGCUGAGCAAACCAUGUCUGUCUUUUACUUUGACUUUUCUGGAUGAAUGUGUCAAGCCCAAAGCGAUGUGGGCUCUUCUGAAGCCACACACGGAAACUUUGAUAGCUCACCUUGUGUUUCCGGUACUCUGCCAGUCGGACGAGGACCUUGAAUUGUUCGAAUCUGAUCCACAGGAGUACCUUCACCGGAGAUUAAAUUUCUACGAGGAACUGACCGCACCCGAUGCCGCCGCAACGACCUUCCUUACCACCCUCACCAAGAAUCGAAGGAAGCAGACAUAUACGGUGCUAAGCUUUGUGAAUAACAUCAUGAACCAAUGGGAGACAACACCAGUAGAGGCAAGGAACCCAAGACAGAAAGAAGGAGCUCUUAGAAUGGUUGGAUCUUUGUCCACAGUUCUUCUUGGGAAAAAGAGUCCUAUUGCGGACCAGAUGGAAUACUUCUUCGUCAGGCAUGUGUUUCCGGAAUUCCACAGCGAACAUGGUUUCCUUCGCGCCCGCGCAUGCGAUACACUGGAAAGGUUUGAGCAACUAGAGUUCAAGGAUGAGAAUAAUCUCGUGACUAUCUACAAGAACAUACUUGAAUGUAUGGCGGACCCGGAUCUUCCUGUACGUGUCGAGGCUGCCUUGGCACUUCAGCCUCUUAUCAGACAUGACCUCAUUCGGCAGGCUAUGCAACAUAACAUUCCCCAGGUCAUGCAGCAACUCUUGAAACUCGCCAACGAGGUCGAUGUCGAUGCAUUAGCGAAUGUCAUGGAAGACUUUGUGGAGGUUUUCGCUAACGAACUAACCCCAUUCGCUGUGGCUUUAAGUGAACAGCUUCGCGAUACCUACCUCCGUCUCGCUAGGGUUGUUAUCGAAAGAGGCAAUGACGACGAGAAUGGUGAGUACCUGGAUGAUAAGAGCAUCAAUGCAUUGGGAGUGCUUCAGACCAUCGGAACUCUUAUCCUUACCUUGGAGAGUACGCCAGACGUGCUCCUACACCUUGAAGUUGUCUUAAUGCCUGUCAUCACGAUCACGCUCGAAAAUAAGCUUUAUGACCUAUACAAUGAAGUCUUCGAGAUAAUCGACAGCUGUACAUUCGCAGCAAAGAGCAUCUCACCUACAAUGUGGCAGGCAUUUGAGCUCAUUCACAAGACCUUUAAAGCAGGGGCUGAGCUCUAUCUCGAAGAUAUGCUACCAGCACUGGAGAACUUUGUUAGCUUUGGUCACGAAGCACUCAGACAGAAUCCCCCAUAUCUCGAAGCUAUUGUAGACAUCAUCCGGACUAUCUUUAAAGACGACAAAGUCGGGGGUGUUGAGCGAAUAUGCGGGUGCAAGCUCGCCGAGAACCUCAUGCUCUCUCUUCGUGGCAGUAUUGAUGCAUGCAUUCCAGAGUUCAUCAGCCUUGCUAUGGGGAAACUUAACAACGAUGAGCCCAAAGUCAAGUCCGUCCGAGUUCAUCUCAUGGAAAUGGUCAUCAACGCCGUCUACUACAACCCAAGGCUUACUCUCCAGAUCCUUGAGGCGAACCAGUGGACCAACAAAUUCUUCAGUCAAUGGUUUGCGAAUAUGGACAGUUUCACCCGAGUUCACGACAAGAAGCUUUCUAUUGCUGCGAUAACACUGCUCCUCUCAUUGAGAGGGGAGGAAGUACCUGUCACAAUUCAACCAGGGUGGUCGCGACUGCUACAGGGCCUCGUCCGGUUGUUUCAAACCCUCCCUGCCGCACUAAAAAAUCGUGAAGAGGCGAAGAGAGAAGACUUUGCUGGCAGCUACGAUGACGACGAGGAGGAGGAUGACGAGGAGUGGGAAGUCGAGGAAUGGGAAGGCGAAGACGAAGGCGACGAUGUCAAAGAUGAAAGUACCGCCUAUCUGGAUUUCUUGAAUGAGGAGGCCCAGAAGUUUUCUUCCAUUGAGGAUGACGAUGACUUGGAGGAGGAGAGCUUGCUCGAGACACCGCUCGAUAAGCUAGAGCCAUACAGCAUGCUAAAAAGUUCUCUCAUAGAAUUGCAAUCGAGAGAGCCACAGAUGUACGAAUCUUUGACGAAGAACCUGUCUCCUGAGGAGCAACAAGUCCUCCAGGGUGCAGUGCACCAAGCUGAUGCUAUUUUUGCUGCUGUCGCCGCUGAGCAAGCCGCGAGUAACGGAGCGCUUCAAUCUUAGGAGGAAUGCAUGAAAAACACUAGAUCUUUUUGCGUUUCACCUGAGCCAAGACAUCGGCGGCGGAGGCGUUAGUGUGGCGAAUACUUUCUUGGAAGAUACUGCGAGCCUAAAUCAAGGGCAAAAGGAGGGUCAAGCACAAUUUGAUCAUCAAUGUAGGAAUACCAUUGCAU